AUGAAUGCCCACACUCUGAAAAAGAUGAAUCUGAUUGAGACAAUUGCUGCUCCGCCCAGCGUAGAUAAUGAAAUAUUGACCAAAAAGGCUCCUGCUCUGGCUGUUUUUGAAUUGUUCUUCAGAAAUGAGCAUCCAAAUGUUGUUGUCAGUUAUCUGAAACUAUGUAAAGAAGAAGGCUCUGCGUAUGAUCUUAUGUGGAUAAGCAAACAAAAGCUUUUCACUACAGCUGAUUUAAUACCAGAAAUAGAGGAACAAAAAAAGAAGAAGAAAAGAAAGCAAGAACAAUCAGAAAGAAGGAAAGAAAAGAAGGAAAAGAAAGAGAAGAAAGAACAGCCUCUAAGCUUACCCAGUCAGCUUGAAGCUCAAACCACUAAAACUAUUCAUGAUUAUGGUGACUUUUCACCUUCUGACUCCACCAAAGAGCUUGUUCCAUUAAUUGAUUAUACUCAACCCAUUGAAGAUAUUCCAUUAUUUCUUGUGCAACUCACAAGGUUCCAAAAUAAUGAUGAAGGCUUUGCAAUUGGAGUUGCUUUUUUCCAUCUUUUAUCAGAUGGACUUGGAGCUAUUAGAUUCAUCAACUCAUGGGCCAAAGUAGCUAGAGGAGAAACACUUGAGGCUAAUGAGUUACCCUUUCUUGAUAGAACAUUACUCAAAUUUUCUCACAAACCAGUAGAACAAUAUUUUGAACACAUGGAGUUAAAGCCACUACCUCUCAUUCUUGGAAGAGAAGACACAAGUGAAGAAAGAAAGAAAAAAACGUCAGCAACAUUGUUGAGACUUUCACCGGAACAAGUUGAAGAGUUAAAGAAAAAAGCUAAUGAAUAUCAUAUGAAGAAAAAAGGGUCUAGGUGUUUUAGUAAAUAUGAAGCAAUUGGUGCACAUAUAUGGAGAUGUGCAUCUAAGGCACGCGAGCUUGGAGAGAAUCAACAAAGUGUUGUUAGAUUCCAUGCUGAUAUUAGAAGCAGAAUGAUUCCACCUCUUCCUAAAAACUAUUUUGGGAAUGCUUUGACACAAACAGCAGCAAAAGGAUAUGUUGGAGAAAUCACAUCAAAACCAUUGGGUGAUGUUUCACAAAUGAUAAGAGAAGCAAUUGAGUUUGCAAGUGAUGAAUUUAUAAGGUCACAGAUUGAUAUUAUUAGGGGAUUUGAACAUUUGGAUGAUGCAAGAGCUUUGUUUUUAGGUGGCGAAGGUGAUAAAUUUCCAUAUGUUGGGAAUCCUAAUUUUCAUUUAACUAGUUGGAUGAGUAUGCCUGUUUAUGAAGCUGAUUUUGGAUGGGGGAAGCCUGCUUAUUUUGGAAUGGCUAGUGUGUUUCCACAUGAUAGGGCAGUCAUCCUUCUUAGUCCUGAUGAAGAUGGAUCUGUUCUUGUGUGUUUGCAUUUUCAGAUUGCACAUUUGGAGCUUUUCAAAAAGUUCUUCUAUGAGGAUAUUUGAAAUUUGUUUUUAGUUUUGCUUUGCAUUGUGAUCUGUUUUUCAAUAUUAUGUUUGGAACUAGUGAUUGAAAUGAAGGUGAA